CGCAUCGGGCCUCGGCACCGGCGGGCAGGCGGUGGCGGUUUUAUAACCGGAUUCUCCGUGACGUACGGCUGCCGGCUCCUUGGCAGCUAUCUUUCUGGACCAGUAGGCAGAGGGGGAUUGACGCCGACGAGACUUUUGCAUCUUGGAAGGGACUGUAAUCUUCUGUAGUGAAGAACAGAAGCUCUCAAUCACGCGGGUGUAAAUAAGAGCCGGAGGGGAGCCCAAAAGAAAAGGAAGAGGAGGGGGAGAAGUGUGUAUUGGGGGGAGCGGGCAAAGCAUUUUUGGUGGAUGGUAUGAAGCCAGCCAUGGAAACUGCAGCCGAGGAAAAUACUGAACAAAGCCAAGAGAGAAAAGUGAACAGCAGAGCUGAAAUGGAAAUUGGCAGGUACCACUGGAUGUACCCAGGCUCAAAGAACCACCAGUACCGUCCCGUGCCAACCCUGGGGGACAGGGCUAGCCUCUUGAGCAGUCCAGGCUGCUUCGAAUGCUGCAUCAAGUGUCUGGGCGGAGUCCCCUACGCCUCCCUGGUGGCCACCAUCCUCUGCUUCUCCGGGGUCGCCUUGUUCUGCGGCUGUGGGCACGUGGCUCUCGCGGGCACCGUGGCGAUCCUCGAGCAACACUUCUCCACCAACACCAGUGACCACGCCCUGCUGAGCGAAGUAAUACAACUGAUGCAGUAUGUCAUCUAUGGAAUUGCGUCCUUUUUCUUCUUGUACGGGAUCAUUCUGUUGGCAGAAGGCUUCUACACCACGAGCGCAGUGAAAGAGCUGCACGGGGAGUUUAAAACAACCGCCUGCGGCCGGUGCAUCAGUGGGAUGUUCGUCUUCCUCACCUAUGUGCUGGGAGUGGCCUGGCUGGGCGUGUUUGGUUUCUCUGCGGUGCCCGUGUUUAUGUUCUACAACAUAUGGUCAACCUGUGAAGUCAUCAAGUCCCCCCAGACCAACGGGACAGCCGGGGUGGAGCAGAUCUGUGUGGACAUCCGGCAAUACGGUAUCAUCCCUUGGAAUGCUUUCCCAGGAAGAAUGUGUGGCUCGGCCCUGGAGAACAUCUGCAACACCAGUGAGUUCUACAUGUCCUAUCACCUGUUCAUCGUGGCCUGUGCCGGAGCUGGCGCCACCGUCAUUGCCUUGCUGAUCUACAUGAUGGCUACUACAUAUAACUAUGCGGUUUUGAAGUUUAAGAGUCGGGAAGAUUGCUGCACUAAGUUCUAAAUUGCAUAAGGCCAAUAACGAGCUUUAGAGAGCUAUACUUGGUAGCAUGAAGUAUCACUGACCCCCAGACUAAAGCAGAGCCUAGGUUUCUGCAGUUUUGUUAUAGUAAUUUGUAAAUCGCUUUAGUCAACUCAUUGUGCAUGGUAGAUUAGUGAAAUGACUUACCGUACAUGAACUACAAAAUAAUGAGAUCUGGCUAUUUCCACCUUUUGGAAAGGAUUCAGUUAUGUACUGACUGACAUGGGUGAGCAGCCACUGCAAAACUGAACUGAGAGGUACUACUGCUCAAAGUUUAAGUAUUAAAACUUUGGAAUACCUGCAUUUUCCGUUAUUUUUGCUUGUUUGAUAACCAAUUUCAGUGAUGAAAACAAGCGCUGAAGAUGAAAUGGAGGAGAACCGUUUUCAUCUGGACUUGAUCUUGUCAGACCCUGGAAAAUAUUUUACAAAUAGAGCCUGAGUUUGAUUACAACAUUAUUUUAAAUUUGAUUACAACAGUUUCUUUACGAUUACAGGGCUCACUACCAAAUAAAUGCCCCUCAAAUAAGCCGACGAAAACUUGAAGAAAAAGAGCCCAUUUGUUAUCUCUGAAAAGAGGAUUUAUAUGUAGUUUCAUUUUCACACAACACCAUCAUUCCUUUCAGAGCCCCCAGAAUUGACUGAUAACCUCAAAGUGUUGGGUUUGGGUGAGUAGUAACUGAUUCCUCAUAGCCACUUCUCAAACUGCACGUAAGAUUUUAAUGGGGAGAGUAAUUGUGCUUGGAUCGGAAAGUCUCAAAUAUGUCGAGAAGGAAAUAAUAUAAGGAACUUGAGAUGUAGGUGUUGCGGGAAAGAUGAGGAAAAUAAGUGGGAAAGGAAGAAGUGUCUGCCACAUCAACUGUCAAGAAUGGUACUAAAGAUGCUGACGUUUUGUGAAAUGAAAUCAUGGCAGGUACGAAGUGAAAACUGUAGUUUCACCACCAACAAUGUGUUAACACAGAGACUGCAUGCUUUGCUUAUAGUUCUUCAUUUUUACAUGUUAAAUAAUAUGUAGUUUUAUAUUAUUAUUUACUCAAAAUAAACAUCGUUCACACUUUCAGGCCUUUGGGGGAAUUAUUUUUAUCCACAGAUAGCUAGGAAAGCAAGGUCUUUGCACAACACUGAUCCUAAAAUAACCACACAGCGUGUUUCUGAAUUUCUGCCUUAACGUUCCCCUCAAAAUGGUUAAAAAGCACCCUGUCGUAUUUCACUUUUGCCUUUUCUUAACAGUAACUUUGGCCAUUUUUUCCCAGCUCAUUAUGUUUGUGUGUGUACUAACUUUCCUUCAGCCUCUUAACAUGAAGCGUCUUAGCAGAGCAUGCGCUCAGCCUCCGACGCCUCUGAGAGCAGAAGGAGUAUUAAUACGGAAUAACCGCCUCUCCCUUUUUCCAGUACAGAGCGUCUAAUCUACCUCGCAGCUCGCUUUGCCUUCGCCCAUGCUCACUAGCCAUCAUGCUCACCCUUCUUUUCCAGAUCCACUUCCUCAUGAUACUGUCUUCUAACUGGGCUUACUUAAAGGAUGCAAGCAAAAUGCAGGCUUACCAGGAUAUCAAAGCAAAGGAAGAACAGGAACUGCAAGAUAUCCAGUCUCGGUCAAAAGAACAACUCAAUUCUUACACAUAAAUGUUUGCCAGAGGGUCUCAGCCGACGAAUUUACAGCUCUGACAAGUCAUCAGACAGCUGCUCUGCAGUACAGAUGUGUACCCCACCAAACAAACUCAUGUAGAAGUCCAAACAAAAACACUUCACUGUCUGUCUCAAGCUGCUGGGAUGUAUUUCUAGGAAAACCUUCCAGUAGGUAAAUCUUUUUUCUUUAGAACAGAUAUCGGAGGUUUCAUGGGAGCCAUUUUAAAAGGCAACACUUUGACAAAAUGAGUGUUCAUCCGUUUGAAAAUCUCUGGCAUGUUCACAAUCCUACCAAGCCAGACAGGGGUAUGAUGUAUUCUCACAGCCUAUCUAUCUAUCUAUCUAUCUAUCUAUCUGUCUAUCAUCUUGAUAGGGACCAUGCCAUACCAGCAUCAGGGGGUGUGACCACAGAUUCACUUAGGCCAUCCGUUCUCAGAUCAGUGUAUCUAAAAUAGGAGGUAAAGUGGAAUUGACGUGAAGUUCCAUUUCUGACAGACAGCUGACAUUUAUGAAGCUGGGGCUCAAAGAUAAAGUGAUUCUUACAAUUGACCUUUUUUUUAAAAAAUAGCUGACCUCCCCGCCUGCGGGACAUAUUAAUUUCCUGAUCCAAUCAGAAAUCUUCUUUUCCCAAGAAUGUUAAAAUGAGCCCAUUAUAAUAAUUAAUUCUGCUACACCGACCAUGGAAGAAGCUGGAUUUCAACUGACAAACUUUCCAGAAUCAAUUUUAUAACAGAUUUCAUUUUAAUAAAGUGACCCAGUUGUCCUCAUUCUUCUUGAGAAAUGUCAGCUCUGCCUUAAUGAGUAUUUAUUUGCUUUAAAUUUCUAAGAACUUACACCAGGCAACCCCAAAUCCUUCAUAGAAUUUUGUAACGCAAAUGUUUUUCUUAAUGGAGAAGUGUUACCUUAUUAAAAUGACCACCACUCAAAACCGUUUUUACAUGGCCUGAAUAGCGAGUUUACAGUUUCAUACCGACUAUCUAAAACCGAAUUACCAACAGACCACAGACCUCCUACUUUUAUAGACUUGAAUACUGAAGUAAUUUCAAUUAGGGUUGGUAUUUAUUUCACUUUUUCUUAUCUAAAUCUUAGUUUCCUGGAAUAAUAAAGUUCAAUGUUCAGCAAAAAACAAAACCAAAAAAACCCCACAAAAACAACAACAACAACAAAAACCAACUGCUUGCGUUUUAAGCCAUCUUCGAAAGAAACUUGCCUUCUAAAUCAUUGUGUUUCAGAACAUUAAGUGACUAUAGGUAUCGAGUAUUAGUGAUGGUAAACUUUGUGUUGUUCUUUAUGAAAUGAUACAUAUAACUGUUGGGUGCAUCAGUGCUUUUUAAAGGGGGCUGCAUAAUAUAGGGUUAACUAUGUAUAUUCAUGUUAAGAAUUAACUUGUGGUUUGGCUGUUUCCUGGAUUUUUAAAACAUAUCCAUGUGCAGAAAUGUGUUAAAAUGAAAGGAAGCAUAUACCUUUAGCAGAUGCUAUUAAAAUUGAACAUCAAGUAUAAUAGUUCAUUUGGAUUCUUUCUGUUGGUGGUGUUAAUGCCUAAAAAAAUGCCUAUUGGGAUCUUAACUUUUUUUUUUUUUUCUUUUUUAUGGGGAGACAUUCUCUUCUGUGUAGAACAGUUGUUCCAGAAUAGCUUGGUGUUUUGUUUUGUUUUCCUGUUGCAUGACAGACUUAAAUAUUCUUUCCAGCAGUGGAGGUGCUGUUUUGAGUCCAGUGUUCUAGAAGAGGCAGUGUCUAAAGCCUAAUUUUACUUUUCUAAUUCUGGUAGCCAUUACCAGGAAUUUUUGAAAGUUUUGUUUAAGUAGUCUAAUAUUUUUUAUGUAAAGAGCAUUAAAUUUUGCUAUGUAUACAUUUUUGUAACCUAACAGUGAAUCAAUAUUUUCUAUCAGUGCCAAGGGCUUCCUGUAGUUCUAUUCAAGUGUUACAAUAAAUAUUUGUAGAUAAUAGUCA